AUGAACGAAGCCGAUUUCUUCAAGACAUAUAUAGGCCCUGUUGCGCAGACGCUAGCGUUCGGUAUGCCUCCGCCUUGGGGUGUCAUCGGUGCUGCAGGGUUUCAGAUCCUCGAUGAGAUCUUUGGUGCUUUCGGAAGCGGUCCUAAUCUUGCCUUGGUUAUUAAAAAUCUUCUCGAGGAAACCGUCCAAGCUAUGAAGAAUCUCUUAUUAGAUGACGCCGUUCGCCAGGCCACAAAUUCUAUCAACGCAUUCAUUGAGUGGGUGUCCAUUGCCACAACUGGGCUUGACAACCUGACCUCCGACAACGAAAUCUGGAUUAACCAAACACUCGACACCCUUGGUGACGUGAAUAACCCUAGUUUCACCGGUAACAUACUAAACGAUCUAAUCGCCCUCACGAGCCCGGAGCUAUGCACUAUUCAGAGAGACGAGGUCAUAAGCUUAGCCUUCAUGGCGGCAAGCUCGCUUUUCUUCUCUUACCGUCUUCGUUGUCAGCUUUAUUCAUUGUUAGCAUCAUUUGCGCAAAGCAAGAAUAAGAUCGAUGAAUAUGACCUCAACGCCGGCGAGUUUUACAUACUCACGACCGAAUUUCAGGUAACCCUUGAAACAUGGAUCGGCACACUGAAUCAAAAGCUCGAUGAGCUGGUCAAAUCUCGCAAAGAUUGUGUGACACAAGUUCAUUAUUAUGACAACAGGAGCACCCAAUGCAACAGUCAAGGUGGGCCCGCUGGUGGAACUAGCUGCCAUGUAACGGGCCAGGACGGUUAUGAAUGUGAAGAUACUUUCCUUGGCACAAUCGCUGCUAUGAUGUUAGCCACUUGA